UGCUCUGUUCUCUGAUCUCAUUCUUUCAAAUAAAAACAUUUUUUUGUAUUUUAUUUUGUCAAAAGAUGAGAUGUUAUCGUUAUCUACUUUUAGCUUGAAUUCACUUUAACUUAAGUGUUUAGGAUGUGAUAAUUUAGUUACAAGGCACAUUCAUAAAAUUGUUUUACUCAUUCUGUGGUUAAGUGUGUAAAUUAAAUACACUUGAGUUGGAAAUGGGAAACAAACAAUCUGGUAGGAAGGCAAAUAGGUCAGAAGGCUCUCUCCAUCCUCAAGAAAAAAAGAGAUUAACUAUUUUUUUAGAUGAAAGAAAAGGCUCUGCUAAAUUCACUUUCCUUGAAAUAAAGAGGCUCUGGAGUGAUUUUUUGACGCCCAGCCUACUGGAAUCUUAUGCAAACUUCCUUCUGAAAUCUACUGAUGGGCGAAGGGACGAAAUUGACCUUGAUGAUUUUAUCAGUAUUUAUGUAAAAAUAAUUAGAGGAUCAUCCAAUGAAAAGGCUAAAUGCAUUGCAACUAUUCUGGGGACCCAGACAAAUCAAGAAGGCGUAGAAAUCAUCUCCUAUCAGAGCUUGUGCAAGUAUUUGAGUGAUCUUCUAAAAUCAUACUUUUUUGGACUGAAGUCACGCAAGGAUGAUUGUUACACUAGCUGGAACUGUGACGAACCUCGAGAAAAUGUCAUAGAAGAAGUUAUUAGAGGAGUUUGUAAUGAUUUACAACGUACUGAUGAUGAAGUCAGAGAGAAUUUGUUUGAGGACUGGUUGCACCACAGCGGUCUAGUCAACACACUUCACUGUUACGUCCUCGGAAGCAUGUAUAAUUUGGAGCCGGAGCAUCAAUUCAACCUCAUACCUUACGCACAGUUUCCUGCAAACAUCUCAGAGCACAAGGUCUCGCUCCUGUUGGAUCCGUCACAAGUUGUGUACCUCAACUCCUUCCUUCCGUCGGAGCAUAAGGAAGUCUGGAGGUUCCUUUUUUCUACUGAUUCUCAUGGCGAGAGCUUCUCCAAAUUCGUCGGAUGCAUCGUCAAUCAAGGCCCGAUCUUGGUGGUAGUUAAAACUGCCAACAAUAACACUUUUGGAGGAUUCAUCUCUACAAAUGUCACUUUGAGUCCGAAGUGGAUUGGCUCAGAAGGCAGUUUCCUAUUCAAGCUGGGCUCUUCAGUCGAUGUGUUCACUGGCACCGGAUACAAUGACCACUAUGCUUAUCUGAACUGUUCUCAGAGUACAUUACCCAAUGGACUGGGAAUGGGAGGCCAGUAUGGGUAUUGGGGUCUCUGGAUAGAUUCCCAAUUCGGAGUUGGGGAGUGCAGUGAGACCUGCACAACAUACAAAAACUACAAAAUGUUGGACUCGGGAAAGAAGUUCCACAUAAAGAACUUGGAGGUUUGGGCUGUUGGGGAACCUCCUCCAACUGAAGAAGAGCUGGGUGAGAGAUCCACGAGUAAAACAGGUAGGUCGGCCCUAGACCAAGACCCUGCAAGUGCCACGAUUCUGGAGAUGGCUGGACGAGAAAUGCACAGUAAAGGCAUCAGAGAGGGAAUGGCAAAAAAGAAGCAUUGAAACAUCGAAAUUCUCCAACUUUUGGAUAGAGGCAAAUCCUAGCUACAGUGCUGGAAUAUGGUGAUGGUCUCCAAGUACUUUUGUGCCAAAUAAUGUUACCAAGCCAAGUGUUGACACUUAGGCUAAGCUUAGAAUGUUAUUGUAUGUAUUAAAAUAUUUUCUUUUGUUGAUUUUUUGGUUGAUAACAAGCUUAACUUUAAUUUCAUACUUCGGGCAAGAUGAAUUCUUGGAAUGCUUCUGAAGCGUUGGUCACUUAUGUAUAUAUUUCCGUUAAUUCAAAAGUCAUCUAUGACAGUCUUAUUUGACCGUGGAAGCCUUACUUCAAGAUUAAAGUUACUACACUAAGGUAUUGAUAUCGUUCUUUUCUGUGUUUUAAGUUUUAUCUGGAAAUGCUUCGUGACAAUUUUAUUUCCGACGAGACAUCAUAAAAGUCUACUGCUUAGCUCUAAUAGUUUUGGAUUAAAUUUAAAUUAAAUUUUAAACCCUUGAUUUUUAUAACAACUUUUAAAACCUUCAUCAGUAUUUUGUAUCAUUUGGAAAUGAACCUGUUCCAUUCCACACAGUACAAUACCAUUGUGUGAAUUGUGAAUGGUUUCCAGUAGGUUACCUAUCAAACUAAAUCAAAUCUGUUGCUCUGAUUGCAUAGAGACAAGUGCUUUCUCUAGUCUUUCGUCUUUUAAGUGAAACGAUCUGUAAAAUUUUUAAUGUAAAGGAAGAAAAACAUGUGAAAUCAAUAUCAGAUCGUUUGAAAAUUUGUACUUUGACAAAUCAAAGCUUGACAAUAUAUUUAAGGUUGUAUAAAAUUAUUUAAGACUAAAAUUGUAAUAUUGUUGACAAAUUAAAUGUUUAUUGAACAUUG